AGUCCAGUACUGCUGUAAACACACAAACAUUUCUUUCUUCAAAGGCGUGAAUUACCAGAUGACAAAAACACAUCCCUGUUCUGAUAAAACACACUGACAAACACAUAAACCGAUAAAAUUAUGGAGCACACCGGGAUCGAGGAGGUGAACCAGACGCACCAGCAGCAGCAUGAGCCCAUCAGCUUCGGGAUCGACCAAAUCCUGAACAGCUCGGACCAGUCCAGCGGCUGCAUGCUGCCCAACCGGACCGGCGACCCGGAUUACGCGCUGGCCUCCAACGUCUACAGCAACGGGUACAACAGCGUCUACAACCCGGCCUGCUCCAUGGCGGCGGCGGCAGGACUGGCCGGCUCCUACAACGUCAACAUGAACAUGAACGUCAGUAUGAACAUGAACAUGAACGUUAACGUGAACUCGGGAGGCGCCGGUGGCGUGAUCCGGGUGCCGGCGCACAGACCCAUGCCACCUCCGCCACCACCGCCCGCCGCCGCUGCGCCGCAUCCGCCCCCUUCGACGCAUCCGCCGGGCAUCGGACCGGGCAUCCCCUCGGUGCCCGGGAUGGGGAUGGGGAAUGCGGCAAACUUCACCUUCCCGUGGAUGGAGAGCAGUAGGAGGUUUGCCAAAGACAGACUAACAGGGGAGCAGGCAGAGGAGAGCCGAGCUGGAGAGGCCACAGGGGGCCCGGGGGCCGCCGGGUCCCUCUGUCCUCUCCCCAAGGGAGACAUCGGCAGGGUCCCUGUCUGGAGCACUGUGGAGACAUUAGCCAAAUGCUAUUACCCCGAGCUCGCUCACCUGCGAGACGGCAAUGGCCUUCUAGCAGACUAUCCUUUCCCAAAGGGGGGUUGCCCAGCAGCCCUCUCGCCCUUCUCUGUGACCCGUCGUAUCGGCCACCCUUAUCAAAACCGGACGCCGCCCAAGAGGAAAAAGCCUCGCACCUCCUUUAGCCGGGUGCAGAUCUGCGAGCUGGAGAAACGAUUUCACCGACAGAAAUACCUGGCGUCGGCCGAGCGUGCCACCUUGGCCAAGGCCCUGAAGAUGACAGACGCACAAGUCAAGACCUGGUUUCAGAACAGACGGACAAAAUGGCGGAGACAGACUGCGGAGGAGAGAGAGGCAGAGAGGCAACAGGCCAAUCGGCUGAUGCUGCAGCUUCAGCAGGAAGCUUUCCAGAAGACAUUGAGCCAGCCUCUGCAGCCGGACCCACUCUGCCUGCACAACUCCUCCCUCUACGCCCUGCAGAACCUGCAGCCCUGGGCAGAAGACAAUAAGCUGUCGGUCUAAAAGAGAGGAGGGCACUUUAUCCCUAAGUGCCAGGAAACAAAUGGACACCUCUGUACAUGCCCAACUAUCAAGACUGUCCCCUCUUUUGCCUCUGGAUCCCUCACGAGGCGGCAGAGACUGUCUGCCACAAAUGGCAAAAAAAAAGACCUCCUGUUUUUCGCUUUUGACUUUGUACAAUGUAGUAAAUGCAUGUUUCAACCCUUUUCUGUGUGCACUCGGAAGUACCAUUGAAGUCAGCUGCCGUCGAGGUGGAGCUCCUCCCCGACCGCAGCAUUCAAGUGGUAGUGGAUUGGAGGAACUCCUGAUCACGGAUUCCUCAUUAUGUUCAAUUUAAAGGUGUUUUAUAUUAAAUGAU